AUGGCCCAAUCCACCGCGCACCGCCGCCUCCUCCAAGAAUACCGCGCCCUAACCAACAACCCCCCCGAAGGCAUCACCGCCGGCCCCAUCUCCGAAGACGACCUCCUCCACUGGGAAUGUCUCAUCCAAGGUCCCGAGGGGACACCCUUCGAAGGCGGCGUCUUCCCCGCUGAACUGAAAUUCCCAAAGGACUACCCUCUUGCGCCGCCGACAAUGAAGUUCCUAGCAGACAUGUGGCAUCCCAACGUGUACCCCAGCGGCUUGGUCUGCAUCUCUAUCCUCCACGCGCCGGGCGACGACCCAAACCACUACGAGCAUGCGUCCGAGCGCUGGUCCCCAAUCCAGUCCGUCGAAAAGAUUCUCAUAUCGGUGAUGAGCAUGCUUGCGGAGCCUAAUGACGAAAGCCCCGCGAAUGUGGAAGCAGCCAAGAUGUGGAGGGAGAGGAGGGCAGACUACGAGAAGAAGGUUCGGGAUGGUGUUAGACGCAUGCUGGGGUUAUAG